GGGCAGCGCGCCGGGCCGCAGCGCCGAGCCAGGAGGGCCGCGGCCACCGGAAGAGUCGCCGUCGCCAGCCGAGCGGCGAGAGGGGGAGCGGAAGCGGCGGCCGCGGCGGCGGCAGGCGGCGCUGGGACCCGGGAGCGGCCGGAGAACAAGGGAGCCGAGCUGGGCUGCGCCUUGGGCUGCGCCGCGCGCCGCCGCCCGAGAGGCCCGGCCCGGCCGCCCGAGCAGGCCGCGCGCGGGGCGCCGGGCCCGAGGCCGGAGCCAUGGGCGAGACCAAGAUCAUCUACCACCUGGACGGGCAGGAGACGCCGUACCUGGUGAAGCUGCCGCUGCCCGCGGAGCGCGUCACCUUGGCCGACUUUAAGGGCGUGCUGCAGCGGCCCAGCUAUAAGUUCUUCUUCAAGUCCAUGGACGACGACUUCGGAGUGGUGAAAGAGGAGAUCUCAGACGACAAUGCCAAGCUUCCCUGCUUCAAUGGCCGAGUGGUGUCCUGGCUGGUAUCCGCCGAGGGCUCGCACCCCGAGCCAGCACCCUUUGGUGCGGACAACCCGGCUGAGCUGCCGCCGCCCCUGGAGCGCACCGGGGGCAUCGGGGACUCCCGGCCUCCGUCCUUCCACCCUCAUGCUGGUGGGGGCAGCCAGGAGAACCUGGACAACGACACGGAGACGGACUCCCUGGUGUCCGCCCAGCGCGAGCGGCCGCGCCGGAGAGAUGGCCCCGAGCAUGCCGCUCGGCUCAACGGCACAGCCAAGGGGGAGCGGCGGCGAGAGCCGGGGGGCUACGACAGCUCCUCCACCCUGAUGAGCAGCGAGUUGGAGACCACUAGCUUCUUCGAUUCCGACGAAGACGACUCCACUAGCAGGUUCAGCAGCUCCACGGAGCAGAGCAGCGCCUCGCGCCUGAUGAGGAGGCACAAGCGGCGGCGGCGGAAGCAGAAGGUGUCCCGGAUUGAGCGGUCCUCGUCCUUCAGCAGCAUCACGGACUCCACCAUGUCACUCAACAUCAUCACAGUCACGCUCAACAUGGAAAAAUACAACUUCCUGGGCAUCUCCAUCGUGGGCCAGAGCAACGAGCGCGGGGACGGGGGCAUCUACAUCGGCUCCAUCAUGAAGGGUGGGGCCGUGGCUGCUGACGGCCGCAUCGAGCCGGGAGACAUGCUGUUACAGGUCAACGAGAUCAACUUCGAGAACAUGAGUAAUGAUGACGCUGUGCGGGUGCUGCGGGAGAUCGUGCACAAGCCAGGGCCCAUCACCCUGACUGUAGCCAAGUGCUGGGACCCAAGCCCACGGGGCUGCUUCACUCUGCCCAGGAGUGAGCCCAUCCGGCCCAUUGACCCUGCGGCCUGGGUCUCCCACACGGCCGCCAUGACUGGCACCUUCCCCGCCUACGGCAUGAGCCCCUCCCUGAGCACCAUCACCUCCACCAGCUCCUCCAUCACCAGCUCCAUCCCUGAUACAGAGCGCCUAGACGACUUCCACCUGUCCAUCCACAGUGACAUGGCAGCCAUAGUGAAAGCCAUGGCCUCCCCUGAAUCCGGGCUGGAGGUCCGGGAUCGCAUGUGGCUCAAGAUCACCAUCCCCAACGCGUUCAUCGGCUCCGACGUGGUGGACUGGCUGUACCACAACGUGGAAGGCUUCACGGACCGGCGCGAGGCCCGCAAGUAUGCCAGCAACCUGCUGAAAGCCGGCUUCAUCCGCCACACCGUCAACAAGAUCACCUUCUCCGAGCAGUGCUACUACAUCUUUGGUGAUCUCUGUGGCAACAUGGCCAACCUGGCCCUGCACGACCACGACGGCUCCAGCGGCGCCUCUGACCAGGACACGCUGGCACCGCUGCCGCACCCGGGGGCCGCCCCGUGGCCCAUGGCCUUCCCCUACCAGUACCCGCCGCCCCCGCACCCCUACAACCCGCACCCCGGCUUCCCAGAGCUGGGCUACAGCUAUGGCGGGGGCAGCGCCAGCAGCCAGCACAGCGAAGGCAGCCGGAGCAGCGGCUCCAACCGCAGCGGCAGCGACCGGCGGAAGGAGAAGGACCCCAAGGCCGGGGACUCCAAGUCGGGCGGCAGCGGCAGCGAGUCGGACCACACGAGCCGCAGCAGCCUGCGCGGGCCGCGGGAGCGGGCGCCCAGCGAGCGCUCGGGCCCGGCCGCCAGCGAGCACAGCCACCGCAGCCACCACUCGCUGGCCAGCAGCCUGCGCAGCCACCACACGCACCCCAGCUACGGGCCCCCGGGCGUGCCCCCGCUCUACGGGCCCCCCGUGCUGAUGAUGCCCCCGCCACCUGCGGCCAUGGGGCCCCCGGGGGCGCCUCCCGGCCGCGACCUGGCCUCCGUGCCCCCCGAACUGACCGCCAGCAGACAGUCCUUCCGCAUGGCCAUGGGCAACCCCACCAAGAGUUUCGGGCUGUUUGACUUUCUGUGAGUCCCCAGCGAGGGGAGGCCCAGCCUCGGAGGAGACCAGGAACCCUGCUUCAGCAGCCCCUCAGGGCUCCCCAGGAUACUCAGCCCCACCCCCGCCCCACCCCCACACUUCAGCAUGUUGAGACACUAGGCUUUGGGGGGCGAGGGCCCCAGCCACUCACCUGUUUGUGACUUCCCCUUUUCUCUCUCCCACAAACACAUAUGGGGUAUACACACACACACACACACACACACACACACACACACACACACCACACACACACGUGCCUAUGCAAAGUUCUCGUAAGCCUCAGGGCUGGUCCCUGUCCAGAGGGCUGGGCCCUCUCUCCCAGUCCUCUCCUGGUUGUGGGGCUGGUCCCCAGACUCCUGUCUCCCCUUCCUCAAGCCUCCCACAAGUCCCUUUGUCUUUCUACCUGCACAAAGCCCAGAGGCUGGGGCUCACUGAGCCCCAAGGACGAUUCUCCAGGACGCGGACCGGUCGUUCUCGCCCCACACCCCCUCCUGUUGAUUGCCGUACUAGCCCAGAGCAGGCCCGGCAGGGGCUUCUGGGGCUGCAGACAGCCAGGUCGCAGAGGUUGCGUCCCCUCCGCUGCAGCAAAGCCUGACUCAUCUUAAAGCUCAUUUAGAGAUUUCCCGGCUCCCCUAGGCUCCCACGCUCUUAAGCCCGGAGCAUCGAAUAUGAGGUGAAGGCCAGGGCCCCAGGCUCUGAGGCAUGUGGGCAUUUGUUCAUUUGAACCAGUAUUCCCUGGGGGUUUCGAGGUGAGGGCUCUGUCCCGAGAGUGACUUGGAGCUCUGGGUUUGCUUCCAGCUGUCCCCCGCCCCCCACUGUUCUCUUUUAUCCUCUGCCUUGUUGGACUCUCGAGAACUCCUCUGUCAUUGCCUUCCGUGUUGGUGCUCCCCAUGUUCUGUCUUUGGUCCUCUUCUCUUUCCUCUUUUACUCCCCCAAAGGAUGUCAUCCAGGAACCAGAGAGAUAGUACAGGGGAUAAGGCCUUGUAUGUGACAGACUUGCUUUGAUCCCUGGCACUGCCCGUAGUCCCCUGAGCACUGCCAGGAAUGAUCCCUGAGCGCAGAGCCAGGAGUAAGACCUGAGCAGUGUAGGGUGUGGUCCAAACCCCCUUGUCCCCCCCAAAUUAAGAAAAGGCUAUCACCCUCCUGCCACUGACAUGCUGGUGAUCUCCAAGUCUCUAUCUCCAGCUCCCACUUCCCUCCAGUCUUUAGACCUGCGUUUUUGUCACCCACUGGACAGCUCCACGGGCAUGUCUGUGGGGCCUAAAGUCGCCUUCCCCCUUUCAGGAUGUCAUCCUAAAUUCCAGCCCUAGUUCCUUCAUACAGUCUGCACAGGCUCGCCAGCUAGGAGUAUUGGGGGCCUCCAGUUCCUUCUGAUGUCUUACUGGUCACCAUAUCAUAGCCAUUCCGCUCCAUCAACCUUCUUUGAACUUGGCCCUCCUUUCUCUGCCUCUAGUUCACCAGAGCAUGGGACUUGGGGUCCGGUGGUUCUGGGUUUGAAUCCCAGCUCUGCUACUCUUCUGGUUGCGUGAUAGAAUUAUUCAUUCUCUCUGAGCCUCAGUUCCCUCGUAUGUAAAAUGACGAUAAUAAUACCUACCUCACAGGGUUGUUGUGAGGAUUAAAUUAGAUAGUGUACGAAAGGUGCCUCGCACAGUGCCUGGCACACAGUAGACUAGGUGCUCAAUAAAUGGUAGCUAUUAUUAUUUACUA